AUGAGGUCCUUUCUCGCUGGAUUGCUCGUCCUAGCGGCGCUAUGCUGCCGGGCUCGAGCGGACGACUCGCCCACCACCGACGAUGCUACCCUCGCAGACCGGGCAGCAGAUGGCCAAUUGAGCCUCGCACUCGACGAGCCAUUGCUCACCUUCCACUACUCGACCGACACCCCCGAUCCGAAAAACUGGAUAGGCAUAUAUGACCUCGGGGGAGGCCCCGUGAACCAGAACUUCACGGGCAAGUCGUCGCUACUAUGGCAGUACGCGCCCGACGCCUCGGGCAAGGUCCAGAUCGUGCCUACCGCCGACAAGAUGAAGGUCGGCAACUUCUACGUGGCGUACUACCUCGCAAAGGACCAGUACAGCUGGCUGGCGGGCCCUGUGCAAUUCCAGCUCCCGGACAAAGUCCAGUCGUCCUCGAGCUCCAGCGCUUCUAGCACUACGCCACCAACCUCUCCGACUUCUUCUGCCUCCGGGCCGGUGCAGACGACGCCGUCAGCGUCACAAACGAGUGGCGCGGCACCGCCAGCGAACACGACGGCGGCCGCAUCAAAAGGUACCAACAAGACCGCUCUCGGCGUCGGCCUGGGUGUCGGACUGGGCAUAGGGCUUAUCGGCGUCUUCGGUCUCGUGCUCUUCGCCCUCCGACAGAGAAAGAAUAAGCGGGUCGAGAAGGGCGUGGCUGAGAUGGACAGCGGCGGCGACAUGUAUGGAGAAUUCCGGCCGGGGAGCAGCUAUCAAUCUUCCGUGGGCCUCAGCCCGCAGACGCCCUACCAACCCAUGCCUAUCCAGCACGUCCAGCCCGGGCCGCCCGUCCAACAGUAUCCUCCGCCGACCCACGCCCCGAGCUAUCAGCAGACACCGACAGAGUACAAAGGGAGAGCGACGGGAGACCCCACUGAACUACCUGCGGGCAACGUACCAUUGGAGUUGCCUGUCCCUCAGAAAUGGCGAUAA